AAUCAUACAAUGUCACACACUCUCUCCCACCCCAUCAAGGAUCCAUUAAUCAAAUAAACAAAAACUCCAAAACUCAUCAUUUUCCAACAACACAAAAAUGAAAUCCUUAUCAUCAUCAUCACUCUGUUCCUUGUUGUUCUUCACCCUCUGCAUAACUCUCAUUGCUCAAACCGCAAAUGCCAAACAUGCCUUGAUGGGGCAGGUUUGCGGCCAGGCAUUGCAGGAAAAGGUGGCCUGCAUGAGCAUUCUGAGGUCAGACCCAAGAAUCUUGCACGCCAAGAACUACCGUCAAUUUGCGGAGCUGGUUCUGCAACUGGGUCUGAAGAAAGCCAUUGCAGGACAGAAUUUUCUCAAGGGAAUUGCAGCAGUGAACAAGUCUCCAGCGAUUGUGCAGUGUGCCAACUUUGACUAUGAUGGUGUUGUUGGAUCGUUCAAGAGUGCCAUUGGGGAGUUGGAGAGUGAUGCCCAGACAGCGAGUUAUGAUGCCAAGGUUGCUGGUGAUGGACCUGAUACAUGUGAGAGAGGUUUGGCUGCUGAGCAUAUUGUGAAUCCUGCUAUUUCUGGGCUUAACAGGGAGAUAUUGUUGUUGUCUAACAUUGCUUUUAUAGCUACUGACAAACUUGAUUGAUUGGGUUUUGUGGGAUUGUAAUGGGAAAUGUAUAUUGGGGUGGUGGGAUUGGGUUAUCUUUGGUGUCAAGGGUGGAGGUGUGUACCUCUUUUUUUGAAAGGAAACCAAAUAUAUUGAUUAAAUGCUAUCGGAACAACCUUGUGCU